AUGGACCCGAUUAAGUAUAUUUUUGAGAAGCUUGCUCUCACAGGAAAGGUUUCUCAUUGGCAAAUGAUUCUAACAGAGUAUGAUAUUCAAUACACGACUCAAAAGGCCAUCAAGAGUAAUAUAGUUGCAGAUUACUUGGCUCAUCAGCCUAUAGAGGAUUAUCGGCCAAUGAAGUUUGAAUUUCCUGAUGAAGAUGUAUUGUUUCACAAAGAAUAUUACAACAGACCAGACCCAGAUGAAGGUCCAGAACCAGGUUCGCGGUGGACGCUCGUGUUCGACGGUGCUUCAAAUGCUUUGGGAAAUGGUGUGGGAUCUGCCAUUACUUCUCCCACGGGUUUUCAUAUUCCUUUCACUGCCAGAAUCUGUUUUGACUGCACAAAUAACAUGGCCAAAUAUGAAGCUUAUAUCUACGGGAUUGAAGUUGCUAUUGAUUUAAUAAUUGAGUAUAUUAAGGUAUAUGAGGAUUCUGCUUUGGUUAUCAACCAAAUCAAUGGAGAUUGGCAGACUCGUCACCCGAAUCUGAUUCCGUACCAAGAGCACGUGAUGAAAUUGAUUCCAUACUUUGAGAAGAUCAAGUUUGAUCAUAUUCCAAGAGAAGAAAAUCAUUUAGCAGAUGCAUUGGCUACUCUGGCAUCCAUGUUCAAAGUUAAAUGGGAGAAUGAGGCCCCCUUCAUCAGCAUUAUGAUGUUGGAUGAGCCAGCUUUUUUCUACACUAAUGAUGAAGCACGAGAUGAUAAACCUUGGUUUUAG